GCUUGACAUCAGCCACUGCUGGCUCGCACACCGUCAUGGCUUGAAACUUGCUAGAGGCAGCUUGUGCAAUGCGGCUUGUUUCCAAGUUUAGAAUAGAGUAGAGUGUCGUGGUCUAGGUAGAAGACCCCUGGACCCCUCAAGGUAUAAAGUUUGAGCUCUUCUGUGUGUAUCAAUCCUUAUUCAAACAUCCUACAUCUUUAUCACUUAUUCACUACAUCAAAUACAUCACUCACGAUGGGUUGGUUCGAUAACAACACCGAGGUCGUUGAGAACUUCAACGAGUACAAUCAAAACUCUGAGAACAGGGAGCAUCACGCCAAGCUCUCUCACGAGAUCAUCGGCGGUGCUGCUGCCUAUGAGGCUGCCAAGGCAUACGAGGAGCAUGUAGCUAGAAACGGCAAGCCCGACAGCCAUGCACAGGCCAAGGAGUUCAUUGCCGGAGCUGUUGGUGCUUUUGUUGACAGAGAGUUUGAGACCAAAGGUCUUGACUUCUUCGAUAGGGAGGAGGCUAAGCGUCAUGGUGAACGCAAGGCGCACAGGGAGCUUGAGGAGCAGUACUAGAUCUGUACUAGAGUUUCUUAGCAAAUCAAUAUAAUGAAUGAUGAACUAUACAUGGACCAAUGUUCGCUGUCGCCGUGCGAGAUUUGGGAUAUAUAUGCUUAGUUUUGUUUUAGGAUUAGUAACUGCAUCUAUAGUUUCUCUAUUUACAUGCUUGCUGCAAAACUAAGACUGACUAGAAUAUAUAACAAUUUAAUACAUAGUCCUUUGACGUCAAAUAUACACAUGUACAAUAGUGGGACAGGAUUUGCGCAG